CAGCCUGAUGAAUUAUCUUUUUGGGGCUCGGUGACACCUUACUGAGUCCACACAUUUGGCUCGAUGCCUCACUCAUUCUGUGACCUAACGCCCUGUGAGUUCCCUGAUGCCGUUCGAUCAGUCUUCCUAAGCCCUAUUCUUACCAUUCUUAGUCGGAUCUCAUAAACACAAUGACAACACACCUCCAAAACCAAUCUUCUUAGAAGCUAUAAGUUUUGAACACAAAAUUUUGUCAAUUUACCCCUUUUUGACAGAGAGGCUGAUUAGGAGCAUAUUUAUUUUAUUGCGUUUUUGUAUACAUUAAAAAUAUUAUCGUAUUACACAUGAGUGACCUUGCCACGUAGUGCACCUGGCUUGGGGGUAUUUUGAAGUAUGUUCAACGUGAUGAGGCUUGGUUUAGCUAUCCUUUUGGUUGUUUAUUUGGUUGUCCUGGUGUCUUCAGAUUCUGUGGACAAUGUACGACUGGCGGUCUCCAAAGAAAUCUUGAAUGAGUUUGUCUUUCAGGAAAAAGAAAUCACUAUUCUAUACACAAUAUAUAAUUUCCAUGAGUCCCGCGCUGCCAAAGAUGUUGAGCUAUUCGAUAUCUUUGCCGAAACAGAAUUUACGCUGAUUCAUGGGAGCCCUUCUGCACGGUGGCCUGUUAUACCUGCCUCCUCGAACGUCACUCAUGCCUUAAUACUCAAACCUCAAAUCAAUGGCGUCCAUAAUUUUUCUAGUGCUACAAUUACUUACAAAUCUGGUGAUUUGCAGAAAAGUUCCUUCUUGUAUUCUUCCUCACCUGGUCUGCUUACAAUUCACAGACUGAAGGAGUAUAACAAGCGUUUCACUUCUCAUACAAUUGAGUGGAUUGGUUUCGCUUUGUUUGUUACACCGUGCUUACUGAUACCAUAUAUGCUGUGGCGCUCAAGUGCAUCAAAAUACUAGCUCUUUACAGUACUCUUCCUCAUUUGUAUAUUUCUUCUCACGCUGUAUUUCGUUUCUUUGUAUCCAUUAUAUGUAUGUUAUGUAUUUAAAGAGUAUGAAACGUAUUUGGUAAAUAAAUAGAAAAGCGUAUGCUAGUAAUACUGUGGGCA